UCAAAUGCUGUUCUAACGCCUGUAGGGGCCACAGUGAGGACACUGUUCUGUUAAGAGAUGGAGAGUGUGAUAGCCUCCUCUCUUGUCCCGCAUCACCUAGGGAGAGAGGUCUUAGUUAGCUCAUAAGGCUUGGUUCCUCUAAUUUGUGUAACGCGUUUUAAAGUCGUGAGGGAAAAGACCGUGGUUAGGAUACCGGUUCGUCCGCGCCAGGGCGGGUGACCCAAAACAGACAAUAUUACACAAUGGGAGCCGGGAUGUUACAGUGUUCAUCUCCUCAUAUGGUGAGAGUGACGGCUUUUCCAUGUAAGUGAAGGACGGCACCCAACUUGGAAUGAGCAACAGGUUGAAUAUUUCCGGUCUAGUAUCAUCUCUUCAUAUGAUCACCCGUGUCGUGUGCGCAUAUCUCUCUUUGUUUGAUGAUAUCACCUGUAAGUGGAGAUUUCGGUCUGCUGAAAGGUUCUAGGGGAUGAAGUUUGGCGAUUAAUUUUCGCAAUCGAUAGAGAGUUUUAAGAUGAUGUACUCGUUCGUUUAUCUCAGAUUCUAGGAUCUUCUUCCUAAAGCCGUAUGUCUGUGGUUACCUAUGUUUGACACGAUGUUCUCUAGUAUGUUUCCCUAGCCAUUACAGUUAGAUGAAUACGUGAAAGUAAUGGAUGAUGGGAAUGCUUCUGUGCAUUGAAGGAGCUUCUUGCCUUGAUUGAAGGGGAGAUAUUCUGCUUCUUGUGCGGUCCUAUUUGAAAAUUUGCAGACUCAGGAGCUCCAAUUGCAGGUCACCAUCCUCUGUCACAAACAUGACCGACGGAUUGCAGCAUCCGUCGGUGAUUCAGAAAAUUCACGGGCAGUCUCACCUGAUAUCUCGGCUUUCACGCACCACCUGCGCGAGAAACUACGGACCACACAAUUUCGCGAGCAAUAGUAACUAUGGAGCGUCGCAGAGUCCUCUAUCUCCAGCAUUCCACGGGGGCAGUGGUCUGGCACCGCUGUCCUCUCACUCUCCCAUUUGGGUUCAAGCUCCGGCUGAAAAAAAAGUGUCCACGUUCUUAGAGGAUUUCCUCAUGGGUGCAGUUUCUUCAACUGUUUCCAAGUCGGCGGCUGCUCCAAUCGAACGCGUCAAGAUGUUGAUCCAAAAUCAAGACGAAUUGAUCAAGUCCGGUAGGCUAUCUGAACCAUACAAAGGGAUCACCGACUGUUUUGCGAGGGUUAUCAAGGACGAAGGCGCGCUUGCUUUGUGGAGAGGCAACGGUGUCAACGUCCUCAGAUACUUCCCGACCCAGGCCCUGAACUUUGCAUUCAAAGAUCACUUCAAGAGGAUGUUCAACUUCAAGAAAGAAAGGGAUGGCUACUGGAAGUGGUUUGCCGGUAACUUGGCAUCUGGUGGAGCCGCUGGCGCCACGUCUCUUCUCUUCGUGUAUUCCCUGGAUUAUGCUCGGACCCGUCUGGCUAAUGAUGCUAAGGUCGCCAAGAAGGGUGGUGAGAGGCAGUUCAAUGGCUUGAUUGAUGUCUGGAGGAAGACACUCAAGUCUGAUGGCAUCGCCGGUCUCUAUCGUGGUUUCACCGUUUCAUGCGUCGGGAUCAUAGUGUACCGCGGGCUUUACUUCGGUUUGUAUGAUUCUCUCAAGCCGGUGGUUUUGGUCGGUAAAAUGCAGGAUAGUUUCGUAGCGAGUUUCUUGCUCGGCUGGGCAGUCACAAUCGGUGGUGGGCUGGCGUCAUACCCAUUCGAUACGGUGCGGAGGAGGAUGAUGAUGACGUCGGGAGAGGCCGUCAAGUACAGGAACACCAUGGAUGCCUUCCAACAGAUCGUCAAGAAGGAAGGCGCGAAAUCGCUCUUCAAAGGCUUUGGUGCAAACAUCCUCCGUGCUGUCGCCGGGGCGGGUGUCCUCGCUGGCUACGACAAGCUGCAGCUCCUCCUACUGGGGAAGAAAUAUGGGUCCGGCGGCGGCAGUUGACGUCAAAAGCUCUGCGCGACCGAUGACGACGAAAAACCGAUCACCUAGUUAUGCCCAUUUUUGUGUCUUCGAAUAAAUUCAGGAUUGAUGGAUUUCCAUAAUAAAGACUUGAUGGACUCUGUUAACUUGACCUUUUAUAAAACGAAAGCCUCAUACCUAUC